CCUGAGGAACAGCAGGUGUAGGUGUUUGUGAAGUCUCGCGAUAUGUGGCAAACAGCUUGUGAAUAUUACAUGAGGGUUGAGGGUAAAUGCCAAUCAGACUGGACGUUUGACACAUGACACCUCCCACACCUGCACCCCCUCUCCUCUACUUGGUUGAUGGCACGAAUCCAUGAGGACACCAGAGCCAAGGAGGAGGGUCUAAAGAGGUCUUUCCACAAGUCCAAAUGACCUUCAUUUGUUUUACGUGUCGCCACAGAAAACUCCGCGCACAAAAUAAAAACAGCAGCAUCUCAGAGCGGUCCAGCCACUGGAUGGGAGGCCAAGGCGUUGGAAUUUUUUAAAGAGCAACUGAAGGAGGACGUCCAGGCCACAGUGCCGUCUCUGAACGACGUCCCUCUGCACUACCUGAAGCCCAACAGCCUGGUGAAGUUUCGCUGCCUGGUCCAGGACAUGUUUGAUCCCGAGUUCUACAUGGGCGUGUACGAGACCGUUGAUCCAUCCACCAACGCCAAAAUGCUGCAUUGUGGAAAGUAUAGAGACGUGGCCGAGUGUGGGGUGGACUUUAACUCCAGGAACAUCGUGACUGCGGAGAGGCAAACCUUCUACUGUGUUCCAAUUCCCGGAGAGAACCAGUGGGUCAAGGAAAGAUAUGCGGGCGCUAGCCAAGCGCGACAACUCCCCUCCACCUCGUACGUCCCGAGCAGACAGAAACGGAGCUACGAAGAAGACGAGGACAUGGACGUCCAGCCUCAGAAGCAACGGGAAGGACAUUCUGCUUCUCAGAGUCCGACAGAACCAAGCAGCGACUGUAAACGCCAGGAGACUGAAGCUCCUUCCAGCCAGGCAGCUACUUCCUCCCACCUUGACCUGAACUUCCCACUUCCUGGAGAGAAAGGACCCUCCUGCCUUGUCAAGGUUUAUGAGAACUGGGACGGCUUUAAACUGAACGACACACUAGAAGUCUACGGGAUCCUCUCCGUCAGUCCUGCUCUCAGCGCUCUGGUGGAUGAAAAAGACGACCUCAUUGACCCCACAGAGUGUAUGGAGACGGCAGAAGAGCAGAGGGUCCGCAGCCCGCCGGCGUCUCUCGUCCCCCGCCUCCAUGUGCUCUACGCCAAGCCGCUGUCGCACAACAACCCCCUGCUGCCCUGCACACGCCUGGAGGACAACGGGGCCUUUUUAUCGUCGACUCUGAGCGAGAUGGCCGCCGUCAGGGAGGAGCUGCUUUCAUAUUUUACUCAUGUUUGUCUGGGGGACGCUCUGGCUGCCGAGUACCUCAUUCUGCAUCUCAUUUCUACCGUAUAUGCCAGAAGGGAUGUUCUCCCCCUGGGAAAGUUCACCUUGAACCUGAGCGGCUGUCCGACCGCGCCCCCGUACGCCGAGCGCCUUUACCAGAUCAUCCAGCAGCUUGUGCCUUCGUCCCAUUACCUGGGCAUGAGCCUCCAGAACAUGAACCAGCUGCGGCUGGUGCCUAAGAAGGACUACAUCGCAAACCGCCUGACGAGCGGAACCCUGCAGCUGUCCCAAAACACCUCCCUCUUCCUGGAUGAAACCCAGCUAGAGCAGGGACAGUUGGACACAACAGGUGUGCGUAAUGUCACGGCCAUGGGGAACCUGAUCUCGUGGCAGAAGGUUGAUUAUGACUUCAACUACCAUCAGAUGGAGUUCCCCUGCAAUAUUAACGUGCUCGUCGCAUCCGAGGGUCGCUCACUGCUGCCGUCCGACUGUCACAUACAUCUGCAACCGCAAGUGUCUUCGUCCCACGUAGAGGAGUACAUCAGGAGCGUCCACGUCCACCCGCAGGUGUCCUCGCAGCUGAACAAGUUCAGAGUUUAUCUGGGCGUGGCACGUCUGCUCGACUACAGCAUCUCAGACGACGUGACCAAGUCAGUGGAGGAGGACUUUGUGGAGAUGAGGAAGGACGACCCCCAGGGCGUUUCUGCAGAAGAUCUCCACAGGCUGCUUGUAGUGGCCAGGUUGCUGUCCCUGAGCCUGGGACACACGUCCCUGUCCAGAGACAGCUGGCUGAGAGCCAAACACAUCGAGACACUGCGAAGGAGCCGAAUAGAGCAACACAAGAGCGUGAACGGCAACGAGCCGUGAGCUCACGCGCGGGACAGCUCAACGGUUUUCCUUUUGUUAGAACAGUUUAAUAAAGUUUUUUCACCUUUUUGUAAACUAAAGAUUUAUAUAUUCCAACUAGAAUUAAAGGUAUGACUCAAUAACAGCCGACUGUUUAUAAUGUGUAACUGCAGAGCCAACUUCCUGUUUACAUUCAGCACGGUGCAUUUAACAGUUUGUCUCACGAGUAAAUAGAUUUAAUAAAACUUGUGCAGCUCA